AACGUCAUAGAAGUCAGCAACGUGUACUGUGAGUGGUGACUCGGAACAAUUUAUCUUAAGUAAUGUACAUGGAAAUUGCUAAAACAUUUAAUAUGUAUGUUAGAUAAAGACCCUGUUUUAACGAGUCGUCUUUGCUUAUUGCUGAGUAAAAAUUAAUAAAAAAAACUAAAUUUUGCAUUCAACACAACAUUGUAGAAUCAUGGUCUUAUUAGGAAAUGAUGAGUUUUUGAUUGAACUUUCAAAGUUAUUUCAAAAAGCUAGGGCAUCAGGUUCUAUCUCUAUGACUAUGAAAAGAUAUGAUGGGAGGACUAAACCUGUAUCUCGAGAUGGAACACCUGCUAUCAAAGACCCACAGUAUAAAUGCCUUGUUAGAGCUCAAUCAGGAAGCAAGAAAAUUUCAACUGUUAUUGAACAGCGGGAUGUUGAAAAAUUUACAAUGGCUUACUCUAAUCUUCUUAAAACUAGUGUAAAUGGUUUAAAACGUUUAAAGAAGCCUAAGAAGAAGGCAAUAGCAGCAAAUUAAAGUUUUACAAUCAACAAAGACUGAAGCAUUUUGUGAAAUGUGUAUGAGUUGCUGAUCUGCCGGCAUAUUGGUUGAGGCCCAUUGAACUGUGCUCUUCUCUAUAUGAGGUCGAAGAGUUGGAGUCUUGCCUAUGGCUGGUGACUGGUGCUUUAGUCACUAACCAUCUGUCCGUACUCCCGAGCUAUCAUUACAGUUUUGAACAUAUGUAAUAAAUACUGGUUCGAUAUA